AUGGCCCCGCCCCUUUUGGUGUCCGCCGUGGCGCAGUUGCCCCCGGCGGACCUGCCGAUUCCGCCCAUGCCCUCCGAGGCGAUCAUCGGCCCGACGUUGAAGGACUCAAAGAACUGCUGGCCCAAGGCGUCAGUGGCGGAGUCUUUGCCUGUACAGAUGACGCCGGUCGAGAGGGAGCGAAAGCUUUUGCGCAAGGACGCGCCCAACAUCGUGCUGAUUAUGAACGACGACGUGGGCUUUGGUGCGCCGGACACCUUCGGGGGGCCCAUCCACACACCCUCCAUGUCUCGAGUGGCCAAAGCCGGGGUGACCUACAACCGCUUCCACACCACGGCCAUUUGCUCGCCCACCCGGGCCAGCUUGAUGACAGGCCGCAACAGCCACGCCGUGGGCUCGGGGCAGAUCACGGAGGCGGCCUCGGGCUUCCCCGGCUACACAGGCAUCAUCCCCAAGUCAGCUUCCACCAUCGCCAAAGUGCUCUCGGGCUACGGCUACGACACGGCGGCCUUUGGCAAGUGGCACAACACGCCGGUCAACGACCUUUUCAAGACCGGGCCCUUUGAUCAAUAUCCAACCGGCCUUGGCUUCUCGUACUUCUACGGCUUCCUGGCCGGGGAGACCUCCCAAUACGAGCCCCGACUCUUCGAGAACACAAACCCCAUCGAGCCACCCAAGACCAAGGAGAAGCCGUACCACCUUACGGAGGACAUGGCAGACAAGGCGGUGAAGUUCAUCAAGGAUAAUCGCGCUUUGACCCCGGACCGGCCCUUCUUCAUCUACUUCGCCCCGGGCGGUACCCAUGGCCCUCACCACGUCUUCAAGGAGUGGGCGGACAAGUACAAGGGCAAGUUCGACAUGGGCUGGGAGGAGCUCCGCAACAUCACGUACCAGAAGCAGAAGGCCAUGGGCUGGAUCCCUGACACGGCGAAGCUGACGGCGAUGGACGCCACCAUGGAGAAGUGGGAGCACAUCCCCGCGCAGCACCGCGCCUUCCAGCUGCGGCUUAUGGAGGUCUACGCGGGAUACCUCGAACACACCGACACGCAGCACGGAAAGAUCUUGGACGAGCUGGAGCGCCAAGGGCUCUUCAACAACACCUUGAUCAUCUACAUCCUGGGGGACAACGGCGCCAGCGCAGAGGGCCUUCACGGCACCAUCGACGAGCUCCUGGCGGAGAACGCUUUGGCCAGCACGGCGGACCAGCAGAUCGAAGUCCUGAACCGCGACUUUGGGGGACUCGAUGCCCUAGGCAGCAAGCACGUGGACAACAUGUACCAUUCCUCGUGGGCCUGGGCGCUGGACACGCCCUUCAAGAGCACCAAGUUGGUAGCCGCACACUUCGGCGGCACUCGGACGCCCAUGUCCAUAUGCUGGCCCAAGGUGAUCAAGCCUGACCCCACACCGCGCAGCCAGUUCCACCAUGUGUCGGACAUUGCCCCCACGAUCUACGAGGCGAUCGGCAUCGAGGCCCCAGGCCAUGUGGACUCAGUGGCACAGCUGAAGCUGGAUGGAGUGUCCAUGGUCUACACCUUCAACAACGCCACGGCGGAGGGCCGGAAGAGCGCCCAGUACUUCGAGGUUAUGGGCAGCCGAGGCGUCUACAAGGACGGGUGGUUCGCCUCGGUCUUCGGGCCCCGCAUCCCCUGGACGGACCCCAACGAGACGCGGAUGAGGGCCUGGGACCCAGACACGGACGUCUGGGAGCUCUAUGACCUCUCCACGGACUACAGCCAGGCCCGCGAUCUGUCUCGGGACAUGCCGGAGAAGAUGGAGAAGAUGAAGCAGAUCUUCCUGAUGGAGGCUGCAGAGAACCAAGUGCUGCCUGUGGGUGCGGGGCUCUACACGGUGUAUUACCACCCGGAGGAAGGCCCCCACUCUCCUCUGACCUCCUGGGAGCUGUAUCAAGGCAUGUCCCGGAUCGCGGAGUCCAACGCGCCAUCCUUCAAGAGCGGCGCCUCUUCCUUGAGCACGCUUGACGUGGAGGUGCCGUCCAACGCCUCUGGGGUUUUGUUUUGCGUCGGCGGCACCGCGGGCGGCUUCUCCGUGUACUUCGACGGAGGCUACCUCUACGCGGAGUACAUGGCCACGUUGCUCUACCGCUACAUCGCCGUCUCCAAGGCUCCGGUCAGCCCCGGGCGCCACAAGAUCGAGGUGGUGCUGAACUACGACAUGUCGAAGCCCGAGGUCUUGGCCCCGCCCGCGGAUCUCUCGCUGCGCGUGGACGCGCAGCAGGUGGCCUCCGUGCGGGUGGAGAAGUCCAUUCGCCUUGCCUUCGAUGCGUCGGAGACCUUCGACGUGGGGAUGGACCUGGGCUCACCAGUCUCGCUGAAGUAUGCGUCGCGCUCGCCCUUCACCUAUCCUUCGACCAUCUAUGCCAUCAAGAUCAAGUACACCAACAGCUCCGAGCUUCGCCCGGAGGGCAUUGUGAUUUAA